CAACUAUCUUCUCAUUCAUCUGAGCUAUUAAAAAUGGAAUCCCCUCACGAGCACCAACAAACGCUCCUACUCUCCCGCAUCAUUGUCAAUGUGGAGAAGCUCAACGAAGCCAUCCAGAUCCUGAGCAAGAACCUCAACGAGAUCAACGUUGCCAACAUGGACACGGAGUUGGUGUCGCAGAUGUUUAAGAAUUAUCAGAGCAAUGUGCUGUUUCAUCUCGAAGCGACCAACGGUCUCAAAGAUCCCGCGUGAGAGAAACAGAGGGAGAAGGGGGGCGAUAAUCAUUCAUUCGAUGACGAAAGAAAAGAAAGAAAUAAAACACCCAGCAACAAGGGAGGGGACGUUUUCAAGAUACCCAUUUACACGAUACUGCCAUGUCCUCUAUUGUUUCAUGGGUCCUUUGUGAGGUGUGAUCGCUGAUCGGAGGACAGCUCCUCACGCACAGCGCCGUUUCCUUCCAUAAUGUGGAAGAUAGAGAAAAAGAGUGGACACGCACAGAAGAUGAAGAAAGCCACAUAAGGAGUUAAAGUUUUUUUUUGCUACAUGUGACUACGACACUUCUUUUCUUCAAACAACAUGUACAUACAUAACAGGUUCAACUCGAUUCAAUACAUACAUACAUACUCCAUCACCUACUUUUACUUCGCUGCUCGAGUUCAGCGCUACAGCCAGUGCAUUUAGCGCACCUCUAUUUCCUUUUCCUUUCCUUAUUUCUUAUUCCUCAAAUCCCCCUCCUUUCUGUUCACAAACGAACAGGGGCAUGUGCAUGUAUGCAUGUGUGUGUGUGUGUGUGUGUGUGUGUGUGUGUGUG